GUGUGCCAGACCCGAUCAGCAAAAUCCAUCUCCAAGCUGGCCUACCAUGGCGGCGUGGUCAUCGUCAAGUGUCCCGGCUGCGGGAACCGGCCUUUGCUGUGGGAGUCACUGUUGGUUUUCAAAUCGCUGUUAAGGAAUAUCGAGGAAAUCCUGGCGGCCAAAGGGGAGAAGGUGAGACGCGUGGCUGGUGAGGAAGCCUUGGAAUUGCUUCUGGAAAGCUCGGCAGAUCCCGGGGCUCAAGGUCAGCUCACGGAGGGAGAAAGCGGGGACGCCUCCCCGGAGCCUGGCAGCGAGGGACCUGACGAACGGGAUCGGUGUCAUUCUGCUGAUGGCAAGAGAGACUCUUAA